AUGGAAGGAGGAACCAGGAGCAGCAGCCGGAGGAAGAGGACGAAGAAGAGGAAGAGGGGGAGAGAGAGCCCUCCGCGUUCGGCCUCCGACGCAUCUCCCGAUGAUACCUACUUCUUCCCGAUUCUGAUGGCUUGCUGCUGCAAUUUGGAUCCCCCCUGCUGCCGGCGAAUGGUCGACCGUCUUCUGCGCAGUCAUCUCGCGUUCGUCAGAGCCGGAGGAAGGAGUGGCGCUCUCCCACCUGGCCUCCUCUCUCUUCUCCCUCUACUUCUGAAUCAGAAAAGGUAAUAUAAUCCCCAACCUUGUUUGUUUUCAUCUUCGCCAUGUCCUCCACCUCCUCGCUCUUUCUCUCUCUUCUCAUCGCCAGUGGGAUGAUUGCUUCUACCUUCGUUUUGGUUGUUUGCAGGAGCCGCGAUGUUGCUGUGCUGGCCGCGGAGAUGGUGGGAGCCAUGGCGCUCUGCUCUUUAGAAUCGAAUGAGGAAAUUGUUUCGGAUGGAGCAACGGUGAGAGCGUUGGUCGCGGCCUUGGGCAAUCGCUCUACGGCGGUGGCGACGGCAGCCUGCAACGCGAUUCUAGAUCUAUCGGCGGCGCCUCUUGCCAGAGAGCAGUUGAGGAAAUCCUUGGCUGUCGAGAAAUUGUUGUGAGUGCCUCUGUACUUCAUCUCGUCUUUACUCGGUUUAAUUUUUUUUUCUGCCGCCUCCCCACUCGAGCAACAUCUAAUCUUAGGAGAUGUAAAUAUUUAUAGAACAAUGUGGAACGAGUCCGUAGGCUAUGCUUUUCUUCCGAGAUCUGCGGAUAGAACAAUAGAUUCCUCGACAUUCUCCGCUACCUUUUGCCCACGUUUCUUCACAGAUCCCUUCUCUUUACGAUCUACCCUGCCGGCUAGUCCAGAGAGUGAUGUCUUCAACCGGCAGAGAGGGACAUUCUGGCUGUGCGAUCUCCGUAAAUCUUCUGAUCCCGAAACCUCCAUCAGCAUCACCUGUUCUUCGUUAUUCCGAGGUACGGCGACUCUGCUCAGGGCCCCUCGACUGACUUCUGAUAGAUCUGUGCUCCAUCAGGUCGUAAACAAGCCCGCUUCUGACGGAGGCAGCUACCACUUCAAAAUGGCAGCUACCAUGGAAGGCGGCCUACUCCCAUCGUCGUUCCUCGAAGCAGCCGUGGUUCUCAUCAACACCUGCAACAAUGACUUCCUGGAGAGCAUUCCCGGCGAGGCUACCAGAGAAUUCCUUCUCCUCGCGAAAGAAUUAUGGCUCGGAUGCAGGAGGGUUCAGAGAGGAAGUGUGUCUCCUUCCAGGCAAGACCUGGCGGAGACCAUCUUCAGGCUUUCUAUGAACCAAGAUGGCUUCACCAGUUGCCCACCCGAUCUGCUCAGAACCUGCAUUUUCGGCAGAGAAGAAUCUGGUUUUGAGAAUUUCAUCCUCGCCCACUGGGAGAACUCGCCUGUUUUGCUGAGGAGCGGGUCGGGGGACGACGAUGCCAUCUCCAAUUGCUGUGAUUUCAGCUCUGGAUCCAUGGAUGCCGCCCUGGAAUCCAUUCUACGGGGCUCUGUUUCCUGCCCGCCAGUCAGCUCGGAUGAACUGGACAUCCUCAGCUUCCUGGAAGAGGCCCGGGGUUCGCUGGGCGUUGACUUGCGGUAUGGGCAAGACAUAAGAGUGGUCAGAACGCAGGAGCUGGACUCAGGGUGCAAAGGGGAAGUGCAUUUUUUCGGUAAGCUUUCGGGUUUGACCAGCGUUGACGACUCGGCGUUGACAGGCGACCAUGUUCUGAAGUGCCGGAAAGCAGUGGAAGAUGGCUACACCGUGGCCCUGCGAGGACUGGAGUUCCGGUCAAAGGGGAUAGCCGAACUUUGCGAUGGCAUGGCGGCUCUCUUUGGUCAACCGUCGGUGGGCGCCAAUAUAUACCUCACGCCUCCCGGAUCUCAGGGCCUCUCUCGACACUAUGACGACCACUGUGUCUUUGUUUAUCAACUACUGGGGAUGAAGAGAUGGGUCGUCUCCCCCCGGUCAACUCCUCUGCUGCCUCGACUCUAUGAGCCACUGGGUAGCUCCUUUUGCUCAGAAUCUGGCGGCGGCCAUGGUGAAGCCAUGGAAUUUUUUCUUCGCCAAGGGGACAUCCUGUACAUCCCCAGAGGCUGCCCUCAUGAGGCUUUUACACCUGCUACUAAUGACCCAGAAUCUCAGCUCGGAAUGUCAACCUUCUCCCUCCACCUCACCCUCGGGAUCGAGGUUGAGCCCCCAUUCGAGUAAGUCAACCGUCUCUCUCUCUCUCUCUCUCUCUCUCUCUCUCUCUCUAGUUGACUGUCCAUCUAUCGAUAUUCACAGGUGGGAAGGAUUUGCACACGUGGCUCUGCACUGCUGGAGUGAGAACCAGAGAGAAGAAGAGCAUCGCCCUGUCGACUCCGCCGCCAUGACACUGAGCUCCCUGGUGGUCAACCUGCUGCAUGUCGCAAUCGGGCUGAUUGGAGAUCGGAAUCCCAUCUUCCGCAAGGCCUGCAUGGUCCUCUCUGCUUCUUUGCAUUCAAGCGGUGGAAGAAAUCCCAGCAGCGUCUUCAACCUCGCCUCCAUUUUCGGCAACAUGAUCGCCUGCAUCGACGCGCAGUCCGACUUCUCAGAAGCUUUGGAGAAGACGGAGGACGCCGUGAGCCGGAAGGACGGCCUCUUCCUCCACCGGCUCCGGUGGCUGCGGCUCCUCCUCCCCAGGGAGCGGCGCCCAGCCGGGAGGUUUGACUUUGACGAUCUUCUGGAGGCAUUCGACGAGCUUCUCCCGUUGACCCGCGGUCAGAUCGGGCCCGUGGAGGCCAUGUUUGCAGAGACGAAGCGCAAAUUCUGCAGAUUUGCGGCGUUUGAGGACGCCAGAAGGAGCUUCGAGCUGCUGCAGAGGGGGUACAGGAAGACAAGGAGUCAGUACACGAAUGGCAUGCUGGCGCUGCAUUCUGGCUCUACAUAG